UCCGUCGGCAGGGAUCGUCUCCGGUGUUUUGGUCCAGUCAACCGCGCUCGCGAAAAUGACAGCGAGGAAGUCUGGCUCACGACUGGAGACCGAGAUAGAGCGGUGCCGCUCGGAGAGUCAAUGGGACAAGAUACCGGAGUUGGUACGACAGCUCUCGGCCAAACUAAUAUCGAACGAUGACCUCGGGGAGCUGUUGCUUGGAGAAUGUAAGCUUCAGACGUACUUGAAGGAGAAUCCCAUCAAACAGGGAGCCAGUCCCAGGGGCCAACGACCCAAACUGGUGGAGGUCAGGAAACACCUCACUGCUGCUCUAGACAGAGGAAACCUCAAGGCCGACUACCUGCAGGAAGUGAGCCUGCUGAUGGCUAAACUCUGCUAUGUGGAGGGAGAAUACAGAGAUGCCUUAGGCCACUACAGCAGGGUGAACCUGGAAGACAUGCAGCUGGUGGGAGCUCCUGUGUAUAGACUCUCUAUGAUAGCAGAGGCCUAUGCUACCAAAGGACUGUGUCUAGAGAAGGUCCCAGCUGCCUCUCCAUCUCUGUCCAAUAAGAACACUGGGUCUCCAUCGUCCAAUAGGAGCACAACAGAUAGAGAUCAGGACAUCAUCACAUGCUACGAAAAGUCUGGAGACAUCGCUCUUCUCUACCUGCAGGAGGCUGAGAAGGCGUUGUCAGCAGGGAUUCAGAACCGCAGCCCAAAGCCCGGGCCGACAGCCCUGGACCAGGAGCUGGGUUACUUCCUGGAGACGGGCCUGCAGAGAGCCCACGUCAUCCACUUCAAGAAUGGCAACCUCACACAUGGUGUGGGCCGGUUUCGAGAGAUUCUUCGGGCUGUUGAGAACAGAACCACCCAGAACCUGCGCAUGACCAUAGCCAGACAGCUUGCAGAGAUCUUGCUCAGAGGAAUGUGUGAACAGAGUUACUGGUCUCCUCUGGAAGACCCGCCCACGGUGUCGCCAUUGGACGAUCCCACGCGGCAAGGACACACUCGCAGCAAGAACUACAGCUUAAGCCGGCGCCCACGAGUGUAUUCGGGGGAGAAUCUGUUUUGCCCUCAGGAGAACACAGAAGAAGCUCUGCUGCUGCUGCUCAUCAGUGAGUCCAUGGCUAACCGUGAUGCAGUACUGAGCAGAAUUCCUGAACACAACAAUGAUCGAAUAAUCAGCCUGCAGUCUGCCUCUGUGGUGUACGACCUGCUGACCAUAGCUCUGGGCAGGAGAGGGCAAUAUGAGAUGCUGUCGGAGUGUUUGGAGAGGGCCAUGAAGUUUGCCUUUGAGGAGUUCCAUUUGUGGUACCAGCUUGCCCUGUCACUAAUGGCAGCCGGCAAAUCUGCGCGUGCUGUCAAGGUCCUCAAGGAGUGUAUUCGUCUGAAGCCUGACGACCCCACCAUCCCACUGCUGGCUGUGAAACUGUGUAUCGGACCCCUGCACUGGCUGGAUGAGGGUGAGUGCUUUGCAAAGAUGGUGAUUGACAUGGGGGAGAAAGCCGCCGAGUUCCGAGCCAAAGGCUUCUUGGCUAUCGGGCUUGUUUACAGCCUGAAAGCCACUGAUGGGUCCUUACGAAGCACACAGGAGGACUACCAGAGGAAAGCUUUGGGAGCCUUCCAGAGAGCUCAGAGUCUGUCUCCCACUGACCACCUAGCAGCCUUCUACUUGGCGCUGCAGCUUGCUGUGUCCAGACAGAUCCCAGAGGCACUAGGCUAUGUUCGACAGGCGUUGCAGCUUCAAGGGGACGAUGUCCACUCCCUCCAUCUGCUGGCCCUGCUGCUCUCUGCUCAGAAACACUAUCACGAUGGUCUCAACAUUAUAGAGAUGGCCCUGUCCGAGUACCCGGAGAACUUCAAUCUGCUGUAUACCAAGGUCAAACUGGAGUCCAUGUGCAGAGGACCAGAGGAAGCUCUGCUCACCUGUAAACACAUGCUGCAAAUCUGGAAGAGCUUUUACAACCUUACCAACCCCAGUGAUUCAGGUCGCGGCAGCAGCUUGUUGGAUAGAGCCAUUGCAGACAGACGACAGCUCAACGCCAUGACUCUGCCUGACUUCUCUGACCCUGAUUUUGUCUCAGCCUCUUCCUCUUCUCACUCUGGUUCUGAGGCAGUCUCCCCCACCUCCCCAUCUACCAUUUCCACCUUCUCAACCUUCUCAACCUUCUCAUCCCCGCCAUCCUCCCCUUUCUUCCCUUCCUACCCUUCCUCCCCAUCCUCCCCUUCCUCCCCUUCCUCCCCUGUCUUCAUCCUCCAGCCUCCGCCACUUCCACCACCCAAAAACCAAUCCCUUCUCCCCCCUCUUCCUCCUCAUCCCCCCCAUCCCCCUCCUCCUCCUCCUCCUCCUCUUGCGCCUGCACCUACCAAGGCCAGGACUCACUCGUUUUGCAACCACGCCACUCUCCACCGGCUCUCCUCCAACUGCGGCCUUCACGACGCUAACACUCUUGGUUUUUCCUCCAUGUUUUCUGUUUGUUCGGUGCACGCUACUUCCAUUGCGGCCAGUCGUGUGGAGCAGGCCCUGUCUGAGGUAGCUUCCUCCCUGCAGAGCAGCGCUCCCAAACAUGGACCCCUCCACCCCUGGAUGACCCUGGCCCAGAUCUGGCUGCAUGCAGCCGAGGUCUACGUCGGCAUGUCAAAACCUGCCGAGGCCUCGGCGUGCACACAGGAAGCCUCCAACCUAUUCCCUACAUCCCAUAAUGUGCUGUACAUGAAGGGGCAGAUCGCUGAGCUGAGAGGCAACAUAGACGAGGCGAAGCGCUGGUACGAGGAGGCCCUGUCCAUUAACCCGACGCAUGUCAAGACCAUGCAGAGACUGGGUCUGAUUCUCCAUCAGCUGCAGCGCUACAGUCUGUCUGAAAAAGUCCUGAGGGAUGCUGUGCAGGUCAACAGUACGGCUCAUGACGUGUGGAACAGUCUGGGUGAGGUGUUGCAGGCUCAGGGAAACGCUGCAGCUGCCACUGAGUGUUUCCUCACCGCCUUGGAGCUGGAGGCCAGCAGCCCCAUUCUGCCCUUCACCAUCAUACCCAGAGCACUAUGAGAAAAACACACACACACACACACACACACACACACACACACACACACACACACACACACACACACACACACACACACACACACACACACACACACACACAGCAUGCCUGGAUGUGGCUUGCGCACACUUGCACAAGGUUUUUACAGCCAGACACAGACACACAUACACACACUUAAGAAAUGCCAAUAAUACAUGUAAACAUCCAUAACCACUUCUCCCAACCCAACCUUCCCAACAUGCCUUGCUGUGGCUGUGACCCUUGACUCUGUGUGUGUGUGUGUGUGUCUGUGUUUAUGAGGGCAUAUGUCUGUGCCGAUACACUGCUCCUUUAUGUCGAUCUGCACUCUUUGUGUCCGUUUGCGUCUGUGCAUGUACACCCAUGUUUGUGUAUGUGUGCCGACAUGCUUGUGCAUAUUGGCGUGUGGUUGUAUGUGAUCUGUACUACGCUGUGUGUCCGUGUGUGUGCGUGUGUUUGUGUGCUUGUCGUCCUGUUCACAAAUGUAAAUAAGAUUCAAAUCCUGCAUUGCUAGCAUUCAGAAGCCUAAGAGUUUACAUUUCGUUUACGUGUUAUUGACUACCAAAACACACGCACAUGAUUUCAUUUUCCUUUCACGCACUGAGGGUAGAGCCAGUAAAUGGGACAAAUAUUGAUUAAAGGCAGGCAACAAAUUUAUUUUAUUUGUCCUUUACAGGCCAAAUGUUACUGUUAAUCUCACUCCCUCAAACACACCUGUACGUAGGCUCAUACAUGGAGAGAACGGUUACUGUACUGGCUCAGGACUGCCACAUCUUUGAGAGUCUACUGGAAUACAGACAGACACGAUCAACAGAUCACUGAAUAAUCAAUCAGUAAAAAUCUAAAUGCCAAAACACUGGCUGCAUUUACACACACAAGAUCAGAUUUUAAAGGUGACAUAUUAUGCAUAAAUCCCUUUUUCAGUGUUUGUGCACAUAAAUGUGUGUAUCUGUGGAGCCUGCCGGCCCACAAACUGUGACUAAACCCAACAGCCUGGCUCUGAACAACUGGUUCAGAUUUCUCUCCCACUGUGAUGUCACAGUUUUACUCUUUUGGGGUAACCCAGUGUGCAAUCUGAGAAUCUCCACUUCUCCAGUGAGGGACGUGACAUUUUCUACAUAAUUGAAAUCGGUUGACCAAUCACAAUAGACUGGGCCAGCUGGCCAAUCAGAGCAGACUGGGGAAUAUUGGGGGCGAGACUUAAAGAAAUCCAGGGGUUUUAGACAGAGGGUGAAAAGAGGAGCUGCAGGAAUGGACAGUUUGAGAACGCUGAAGCCUUUUGUGAACAUUAGAGCAUGUUAACCUUUUCAAGUGGUAACACAAGUCAAAAGUAUGAACCUGAAAUUUUGCAUAAUAUGUCACCUUUAAUAGAAAAUGUUCAAGGAAUGGCAAGCUAUAAAAUGAAGCACAUGUGAUCUAAUGUGUACAGCCUUUAUAUGUUCCUUCUUUAAACCGUAUUUACAAAUAUUCCUGAUAUGUACGGUAUCAUUCAGGUUCCCUGUGGGAAUCACUGAAAUUAAGGACUUAGAUAUUAACACUUUUGUUUUGCUUUCUUGCUGAGCGUAAGAUGAGGAGAUUAAUUAUAUGACAUAAUGUGUGCAAUAAAUAUGAAGCUAGUGCCAGCAGCUGCUAGCUAUGCUCAGCAUAAAGACUGGAGACAGGGGAAAUCAGCUAGCCUGGCUUUGUCCAAUGGUAACAGACCUACCAGCCUAUGUAAAGCUCACUCACAUAACAUAUUGUAUCUGGUUUCAUCUGUACAGAAAAUACUGUAUGGAAAAAGAGAAAAACCUGAAGAAACAAACAGAAUUUUUUUUUAAUAAUAUGUUAUUAUUUAAUUGUGGAGAUGCUGGGAAUUGGAUUCUGUAGUUUCCGCACAGAGCCAGGUAAUUAAAGCUAAGCUAAACUAAUGAGCUCCAAAUAAUGUCUAUUUUCUAAAUGUCUGUCGCAGUGAAAUUUAUGCCAUUUCCAUGGUGAUAAAUGUUUUGUUUUUAAAGCUUGCAACUCAUUUGGAAAAGCUAACUUGUUAGCAUGAGCACCAGCAGUCACAGACAUGAGAGGGCCACCGGCACCUACAGAGAUGGAUAAUGUUACAGAAGACCGGUUAUGUUUCAUAUAAACUGCAGCUCGGCGUAACAUUUCAAAUUUUUACAAUUUGUACUUAUUAAUAGAGGAAAUCUAGUUCUUUGCCAUAACUCUGAUUUUUCUGCUGUGUGUAAAUGCAACCGCAGUGAUCGUGUUGCCAUGUUGCAGUCAUGUCAAAUACAACCAGAUGAAUAUAGCGGGGUUUUUUAAGUUUCUAUUUUUUGGGGGAUAUGAAUACAGUUAUCGUUGUAUAUUUGAUUGUUCCAAGUGUAAUAUUAAUGUUAUUAUUUUAGAGAGUAAAUUAUAAUUCUAUUUUCUGCCGUGUCAUGCUGUCGGAGGAAUGAAAGGGGUGAACCGGUUGCGUCUGUAGAUACUGUAUGAGCUCUGUCAGUGAGUCCUCUGUGCUGUAAAGGGAUGACUGACAUUAGGAAGAUCACAAUAAUGACUAAGAUAAUAAAAUUGAUUAAAAAUGA